AUGGGAGAAGCAUCAGAUGUCAGGCCCAUGCAAGAGCCAAUUGCCAUAGUCGGAAGUGCUUGUCGUUUUCCAGGCGGCGCCAGCUCACCUUCGAAGCUAUGGGGUCUUCUGAAAGAACCGCGGGAUGUUGUGCAAGAAGUGCCUCCCAGUCGGUUCGAUUCGAAGGCUUUCUACCACCCAGAUCCCCUGUACCAUGGGGUAAGAAGAAAAAUUAUCAUGGGUCCGGCAGAGGCAACAACUUCCACUAACCUUGCAUCGACAGAGUACGAAUGCGAAGCAUGCCUAUCUCCUGCAGGAUGACCCCCGGGCCUUUGACCGCGACUUCUUCAACAUCUCGCCGAAGGAGGCCGAGGCAAUGGAUCCUCAGCAACGAUGUCUUCUUGAAAUCGUUUACGAGGGCGUGGAAGCAGCUGGCUACUCCAUGCCACAGCUUCGAGGAUCGUCGACAGGCGUCUUUGUCGGAGCCAUGAGCUUUGACUACCAAUAUAUUGCAAUGAGAGGCGUUGACAGCCUACCGCAAUACCACGCGACGGGCGCUUCUACCGCAAUCCUGGCUAACCGCGUGUCAUAUUUCUACGACUGGAGAGGUGCAUCGAUGACUCUCGACACUGCCUGCUCUUCGUCGCUCGUGGCACUGCACCAAGCAGUCAUGUCGCUUCGCAGCGGUCAAGUAGACAUGGCUAUUGCCGCAGGCACAAAUCUCAUCCUUGGACCUGAGCCAUACAUCGCAGAAUCAAUGGUAUGUGCAUUGCUCCAAGGGAAUGAUUGUGAGAUGUCCAUUAUAGAAAGGCUGAUGCUCCCUCCUAAUGUUAGUUGAACAUGUUGUCGCCAAAUGGACGAUCUUACAUGUGGGACUCUUCAGCUGAUGGCUACACGCGAGGCGAGGGCUUCGCCGCUGUCGUGCUUAAGACUCUGAGCCAAGCAUUGGCAGAUGGCGACCAUAUUGAGUGUGUAAUACGGGAAACCGGUGUCAACUCUGAUGGCCGAACGCCAGGUGCGAUAUUCUCAAUGCCCUUACUAGCACUGUCGUUCUCGCCUUGCUGAUCUGUAAAUUCAGGUAUUACAAUGCCGAGUGCAUCUGCACAGACCAAAUUAAUACGAGACACAUAUGCCAAAGCCGGGCUGGACCCAGUACGCGAUCGCCCGCAAUUCUUCGAGGCCCACGGUACUGGUACACCAGCAGGUGACCGUAUGCAGCCACUCCAUAUGCAAAAAUAGGCAUUUUCGGAAGACUGAUUGUAUGCUUUAGCUAUCGAGGCGCGAGCCAUUCACGACGCCUUCUUCCCCGAUUCGAAAUCUAGCGCCGACGAUCAGAAGCUCUGGGUCGGUUCGAUCAAGACCGUACUUGGUCACACCGAGGGCACUGCAGGUCUUGCUGGUGUCCUGAAGGCAUCACUGGCGGUCCAGAACGGCCACAUUCCUGCCAACUUACAUUUCCGCGACCUCAACCCUAAGAUACGGCCAUUUGCUAACGAGCUCCGCGUUCCAACAUCCUUAAUACCCUGGCCUGCGCUCUCGAAUGGUCAGCCUCGCCGGGUCAGCGUGAACAGCUUCGGGUUCGGCGGCACAAAUGCCCAUGCCAUCAUCGAAAGUUAUGAUGGCGAGAAUGCGGAGGAUGAUAAAGUAUCGAAGGCGAAUCAGGCCGGGCUGGUCGUCCUCUCUGCAAAUUCGGCUCAGGCUCUGUCGGCCGAAGCUGCUCGACUGGCGGGCUACGUCUUGGAGCAUGGAGAUAUACCUCUCGGUCGGCUAUCACGCACACUGUUUCAGAGAGCUGACUUUCCGUUCCGAAGUGCAUUCUCAGCCACCUCCACUGUCCAACUGGCUGACAAACUUGAUGGCGCCACGGAAAGUCUCAAGAACACACCGCGCACUGCAGCGAUUCCUGACGCCCUUCCACCCCGGAUAUUGGGAGUCUUCACCGGACAGGGAGCGCAGUGGCCUACAAUGGGUAUUCAGCUUUACAAGACAUCAACAGUGUUUCGUCAAACUCUGGACCGGCUGCAGGAGAGUCUCGAUACGCUGCCUGCAGGCGACCGGCCGGAUUGGAAGAUCAUAAACGAGCUUUCUGCGCCCAAGGAAUGCUCAAGGAUUGGAUUAGCGGCUUUCUCGCAGCCGCUCUGCACAGCGCUUCAAGUCGCUCUCGUAGAUACGCUUCAUGCAGCUGAAGUGAAAUUUGCUGCAGUAGUAGGACACUCGUCUGGAGAAAUCGGCGCUGCAUACGCUGCGGGAUACCUGAGCGCUGGAGAUGCCAUUCGGGCCGCUUACUACAGAGGCUUUCACUCUCAUCUUGCUCAGGGCACUGGUGGCAAGCUCGGCAAGAUGAUGGCGGUUGGCAUGAGUUUGGAGCAAGCAACAGAAUCCUGCAAAGAGAUUGGCGCUGAGAAGCUGAAGGUGGCUGCCAGCAACUCACCAACUAGCUGUACGUUGGCGGGAGACGAAGAUGUAAUUGAGGAUGCCAAGAAGCUAUUAGACGAGAAAGGCACCUUUGCUCGUUUAUUGGCGGUCGAUAAGGCAUACCACUCUCACCACAUGCUUCCUUGCGCGGAGCCUUAUUUGGCGUCCCUGCGCAAGUGCGGAGUCUCCGUUCGCGAUGGCUCAAGAGAAUGUAGAUGGUACUCCAGCGUCUGGGGCGCCAAUGGCCGGAGUCGCUCCUGGGAGGACGAGCGGGAAGCGCUCGCAGGCCAGUACUGGGUGGACAAUCUUACUAACACGGUGCAGUUCUCCCAAGCAGUCAGCAGAGCUGUGUCCGAGGAACCGUACGUCCUGGAUCUGGCGCUUGAAGUCGGACCUCAUCCAGCCCUGAAAGGACCAGCUUCCGAGGUGAUCAAGUCCUUUACUGGCGUGAAGCUCCCAUAUGGCAGUGUCUGCAAGCGUGGUGAGGGUGCGGUGGAAGCUUUUCUUGACGGUCUGGGUCUUCUCUGGACUUCAUUCCCUAUGCAGCGACCUAUGAUCACCUUCGACAGCAUCCAUGCGGCGUUCUCAGAAGGCAUAUCAAAGGAUGUCGCGAUCCUCAAGGGUCUGCCGCCAUAUCCAUUCGACCACAACGGCCUCAUUUGGCGUGAGUCAAGAGCCUCCCACAAGUUCCGCACCCAGCAGCAUCAAAGUCGCCACGAGCUUCUCGGAUUUCCAGCUGUGCUCGGUGAACAGGAUAAGCGAGAAGUCCAUUGGCACCAAGUUCUCAAGCCCAGGGAGCUUCCGUGGGUCCGUGGACAUACCAUUCAGGGCGAGGUUCUAUUCCCAGCGACCGCCUACCUCACAAUGGCUUACGAAGCUGCCGUCCGCCUUGCCGAUGACCAGAAGUCUCUACAUCUGGUUGAGCUACACAAUGUCGAGAUUGUGCGUGCCAUGAGCUUGCAAGAAGAUUCUCCAGGUCUUGAAGUCGUCUUUACCAUCAAAGUGACGAGUCAGUCCACAAGCUGUAUCACCGCUGAAGUGGCAUGCUACAGUGGCGACGUCAACGUGUCCAAGCUCGAUGGCCCUGUAGCAGGCCUGACAAACCACUUCAGUGCGAGCGUCCGAAUCCUGCUUGGUCCACCCCACAAGAGGGCCUUGCCUUCUCGCACAAAGCCCCUGCUACCAAUGGACACCCUGAACAUGGAGCAAUUCUACACAUCCCUCAACAAGGUGGGCUAUAACUACUCGGGGCAUUUCAAGUCAGGCUCCGUGGACCGCCACCUCCAUCACGCUGUCGUUUCCAUGCCAGAUCUCCCACAGCCCAGCACCAUUUCGCGUGCUUCGCUACAUCCCGCAGCACUUGACACGGCGAUUCAAGGCAUUUUGGCUGGAUUUUCCUAUCCCGAGGACGGCAGACUCAAGACAGUGUAUCUUCCCACAGGCGUUGAUUGCGUGCGAAUCACCAUGUCCUCUUCUGCAGCAUCGAGCUCCUUGAAGUCGGACAGCUACUUGACUUUUGCGGACGCCAAAGCUCUCACCGGCGAUGUCGACCUGUUUAACGCGACAGAUGAUACUGUCGAGGUACAGAUGCGUGGUGUGCAGUGGACCGCUCUGGAACCAGCACUGGAGCGCUGGGUCUAUGCAGGGGAGACCUGGUUGAGAGAUCCAGCGUUUGGCAUUGAGCCCGGGCUCAAGACCAAGCUGACUCCCAAAGAGGACGAUCUCCGCAUUCUCCUCAUUCGUGUGGCCCAUUUCUGGCUUCGAAGACUGAAAAACAUGAUCAAGCCCUUGGAGCUAAUGCUUAUGGGCAAGCAUCGGAAACACAUGAUGAAGUGGGUGCGAGAUCAUCUAUUCCCGAUAAUUGAUGCGGGCAAGCAUCCCGACAUCCCUCUUGAGUGGGCCAAGGACACACUUGAGGACGUGCAGAAAUGGAGCGCUCCCUAUGUGGUGGCCGGUAACAACGACAUACGAAUUCUGAAUGCUGUCGGAGAGAACUUGCCAGCCAUCGCCCGUGGGACUAUGCCUGCGCUUCAAGUCAUGCUGAAGGAUGGCAUGUUGGACAAGCUUUACAUGGAAGGUGUUGGCUUCACCGAUGGUAAUAUAGAUUUUGAAACUCUGGUCAAGCAGCUGGCACACCGCUAUCCGCGUAUGAAGGUGCUCGAAAUUGGCGCUGGAACAGGUGGAACGACCAAGGCCGUGUUUUCCGGACUUGGGGAUCAAUACACCUCGUACACAUACACAGAUAUCUCGGCUGGAUUCUUCGAGCAGGCCAAGGCCAAAUUCAGCCAACACGCCAACCGCAUGGUGUUCAAGACCCUCAACAUCGAGAAGGACCCCGAGGAGCAAGGGUUUGAGCCGGGUUCAUACGACUUCAUCCUGGCCUCGAACUGUCUCCACGCUACCAGUAGACUGGAGGAGACUAUGACCAACGCUCGUCGCUUGCUUCGUCCUGGUGGAUACUUGAUGCUGCUGGAAAUCACCCGCGACCAUCUGCCAAUCCAGCUCCUCAUGGGCACACUUCCGGGUUGGUUCUUGGGUAUCGAGGAUGGCCGUGUUUGGGCACCCACCAUCGACCUCAACCAAUGGGAUUCUUUGCUCAAGAAGACCGGCUUCUCCGGAGUUGACACCAGCUCAACGCCGUCUUACUGUUCGGUGAUCAUGUCCCAGGCCGUCCACGAGACUGUCCAAACCCUACGUGACCCGCUUGCUGCUGCGGCUUCGAAUCCAGCAGCGCUAUCGAAGCUGGACAGAGUGCUUGUCAUUGGCGAUUCAGAACUUGCUUCCACGUCGAGGACCUUGCUCGCUGGCGUCGGCGGUGCUUCUGUCAGCCAGCAUGGCGACUUUGAGGGCGUUGGCGUUCCAUAUGGAGCAGCAGUGCUCUGCCUCGCCGAUCUGGAGGAGCCCGUAUUUGGCAGCAUGAGCAAGGAGAGAUUUGACGCCAUGCAAAACGUGUUCCGCAAUGCUGGCACUGUGCUCUGGGUGACAUCAGGAGCGGCGUCUGGCAAGCAGCCUUUGGCGAAUAUCACUGUUGGUCUAGGACGUACUCUACUGGCAGAGCGCAGUGAGCUGAAGCUGCAAUUCCUGGACGUCGACAACCCAGAGUCUCUCGAAGCGUCCACGGCGGCAAAUCUUCUCCUGCGACUUACCGUAUCCCCCAGCAGUUCGGAUGACAUUCUUUGGACCCACGAGCCGCACCUGGCCGUGAAGAAUGGGGCAUUCUAUGUGCCCAGAGUCCUCCCUCUUGAUUUCAUCAAUCAACGCUCUCUCGCAAGGAUCCGAAAAGUUACAAAGUCGACCAGCCUCGAGUCUCCGACAGCUGCGAUUGAGCUCAGCAAACGAGACAGCGCACUCGAACUUCUGCAUCAUGCCGUCAGCAAGCCGGUCAAGGCAGGCGAAGUGCUUCUGAAGGUCACAGCGUCUUCUCUCCACCCUCUCUUCUCGGACAUGUACGUGUGCAUUGGUCGCGAUGCGGCAUCCGGAGAUAAGAUCAUCGGCCUCUCGAGCACAAAUAGCUCUGCAAUCACCAUCAACGAAACCAGUGUUGUAUACCGCAUGUCAAGCAAGGUCCCCGAGAGCGAAGACGGUUCCAAAGACGCCGCACGUCUCCGCUACUUCGCGACCCAGGCAAUGGCAACGCAGCUCCUCGGCAAUGCCAAGAGUCCUAUCUGGGUCCAUGGUGCCUCCAAUCAUCUCAGUCAGGCCAUUGCCCACAUCGCCGACGAGCAAGAUAUCAAGGUGUACCAGACAACAUCCAACUCGACCUCCGCCAAUGACGACGAGCAGAUUUUCAUUCACCCCUAUAGCAGUGAGCGUGAUGUGCGAUCGUUGCGACCAAAGGGCGUGGAGACGCUCAUCGACCUAGAAGCCUCGCAGAACAAAACCUUCUCUGCGCUGCUGAGUGCUUCUUUGCCGAAGUCUGCGAUGGUCGAUUGCCAGGUCGAAGAUGAUCUUACAAUUGCGCUGGACCGUGUGGUGCUGAGCAAGCUUGCAGCAAAGACCUUCACAGUACCCGAUGAGGAAGACGAGGAGGAUCUCGAUCAUUCCGAGUACGAUGACCAUGAUGAAAACGAUGCUGAGAUCAGAUCUUUGGGCCUCUCAAAUGGAAUACUACCCAUCAGCAGAGUAUCAGAGACGACGGGUACUGGGAUGGGUUCCUCGGUCGUGGUUGAUUGGUCCUCUGCCCACGAGGUCAGCACCUCGGUGCCACCCCUUGAUCAUGGCGACCUCUUCUCUGCGCACAGGACUUACCUGCUCUUCGGUAUGACCGGAGAUGUUGGCAUUUCCGUUGCUCGAUGGAUGGUAGACAAUGGCGCCCAGCACGUUGUCCUGGCCAGCAGGAAUCCGAGUGUGCCAGCCGGCGUGUUCGAAUUCUUCUCUCAGGAGGGAGCCAGACUGCGCACCAUGAAGGUCGAUGUCACGGACCGAGAGGCCUUGCAAGCUGCCAUUGACAAUAUCAAAAUCGCCUUGCCACCAAUCGGAGGUGUUAUCAACGGUGCCAUGGUGCUUCGUGAUCGCCUGUUCGUCGACAUCUCCUGGGAUGACUUCAACGCCACGCUUGCUCCGAAGGUCCUUGGAACCCGUAACCUGGACGAAGUCUUUGCAGACCGCAACGAGCUGGACUUCUUCAUCGUCUUGUCUUCAGCGACCUCGUUCGUUGGUAUUCUGGGUCAAUCGGCAUACAGUGCCGCAAACCACUACAUGGCCAGUCUCGUGCGGCAGCGUCGCGCCCGCGGACUGCCCGGCUCCUCCGUCGUCAUUGGAUUUUUGACUGGACUUGGUUAUAUCUUCCGUUCGGAAAGGGAACACCUCGCUGCAAUUGAAAAGUCUCUGUUGCCACGUCUGGAGAGACAAGCUGAGACUGAUUUGCACGAAUUGUUGGCGGAGGCCAUCGUUUGUGGGCGGCCAGAUUCCGAACAGCCGGCAGAGCUCAUCACGGGAGUCCGAACAACCUUUACAGAGCCGUGGCAUGAGGAUCCUCGCCUGUCUUGCUAUCUCGCACAGGAGGGCGCGGGAGAUGACAGCGACGAGGUAGCAGAGGAUGGUGCGAACGUCAAAGUCGACGCCCAGCUGGCUGCAGCUUCGGCGGAAGAGGCUCAAGGAGUUCUGGAGAAGUGUUUCGCCAAGGCACUGGGCAAUAUGCUCCAGCUUGAUCCAGAGAAGAUCGCUGGUGACGCACCGGUAUCAGACCUUGGAGUUGACUCUCUAGUGUCUGUCCGUGUCCGCGAGUGGUUCUUGAAGGAGCUCGGUGUCGAAGUGCCAAUUCUCAAGAUCAUGGCGGCGGGCCAAUCUAUUGCACGUUUGUGCGAGGAUGCCCUUGCCGGUUGGCGCAAACUUCAAGGCGGAGCUUCUGCAAAGGAUGCUGGUGCUGACAAGAAGGUCUCUCAGGGACCGGAAAUGGACUGGACCAAGGAACUGAACCGGCUCCUCGAGGGCAUCAACCCACACGUACCACCCGGCAUCGUCAAGUCGCGCGAGCCGCCUCGAACCCAAAACCGCCGUGUCGUUCUUACGGGAUGCACCGGUUUCCUGGGCACGCAUAUGAUCCGCAGCUUGGUCGCCGAUCCUGACAUUGCCGAAGUGCACUGCCUGUGUAUCCGGUCGCGUGGCGUUCGUGUGCAGGACGACAAGAUCCGCGAGUACAAGGGCGAUCUGUCCAAGCCUCUCCUAGGCCUUUUCAUCGAUGACUUCGUCAUGCUCGCGGAGACGGCCGAUCUCAUCAUCCAUGUUGGAGCCGAAGUGAAUCACCUCAAAUCCUACGAGGCGGUCCGAACACCCAACGUCAUCUCGACACAGAUUCUCCUUGCCAUGGCUCGGCCACGCGGUGUGCCGGUCCACUUCAUCUCCUCGUCGUCAGUGGCGAUGCUUCAAAAGGACUCGAAUGAACUGCCAGAGAUCCCACCUUCCGGUAUCUCGCCACCGACGGACGCUGAGUCUCUGAUGGGCAACGCAAUCGGCUACGCCGCAAGCAAAUGGAUGGGCGAACUGCUGCUCGAACACGCGGCCAAGUCCGAACAAGGCCCCCCGACCGUCGUGCACCGCUUCCCCAACAUCAUGGGCCCAGACGCACCCGACGAGAUCCCCCUCGUGGCUCUCGACCGCUACUGUACCAAGAUGCGCGCCGUCCCCGCCCUCGACCCCAAGAAAUGGAUCGGCCACCUCGACAUCCUCGACGUCUCCGACGUGGUGCCCGAUUUCGUCGCCAAUGCUUUUGCUUUCGGCGGCGGCGGCGCCAAGCAGGAGGACUUUGCGGUGCAUCAUUACUGUAGUGCCAACCGCUUCCUCUUGUCCGAUCUCGCGGGCAUGUAUCAGGCGAAACUGGGCGGGCCGGUUGAAGCCUGGCCUACCGCGGAGUGGAUGCGCAGGGCUCGCGCGAUGGGCAUGCCCAAGGGCGUGGAAGUUACUUUUACGGGGCACGAUGAGGUGUUCGUGUCGCCCGUCCUGCGCAAGGGACCGCCGUCGAAGUAA